AUGCUCUCGGUUCUCAAAUCGAUCCUGGACGUCGGUAUCGACUUCGCUCCGACUGGUAAUUUUCUGAAAGCAGCAAAGGCGGCAGUGCAGGGCGCAAAAACGUUCUCUGAGAACGGGCUAGAAGUAGGCUCAUUCUUCGGCAACUGGGUUGGCCCUGCCUGCGGCAAGCAAGAUUGGAGCUUUGAUAUGUUCGGUGCUUUACUGAACAUGCCUGACUCUAUGGGGACAAGCACCGGCUGCCACAAGAAAGUGAAGGCGGAUUGUGUCGGCUACGCCAGCAGAAAAGACGACACAGGCCCCAACGAGUACCUCGAACGAAGCAUAUCAAUGAUGGACAUCCACAAAGCGACCAAGUCCGUGACUGAGUGGACCUGCGGAGCAAUAGCCAACACUGGUUUCGAUGGUGGAGCUACUGCAACUUGGGGUGUGGCGGCGAUCAAGAGCCUUGAAAAGAAGGAAGAACACUGGGUUUGGCCUUGGGCAAAUGGAUGGGUUCCGCGGGUCCUUCGAGUAGAUGCCAAAGGUAAGCCCAAGCGGGACAAAUAUGGACACGAGAUGGCCGAUGGGUGCGACAGAGACGAGUGGCCUCCUCGCAACUUUUGGCCCGGUGACGAUGUAGCCCAUCCCAAAGGCAUGACGCAAAGAGUUCGGUUCAACCCCUUCCAACACAACAGAGGAGCCGGCAAUCUGUGGGGUAACUUUUGUCCCAAGCAUGAUGCGGUAUCUACAAAAGGCAACAGAAAGGGCAAGAAAACAUACUACGUGAGAGACAACCUCAUCAGUACUGUCAAGGAAAAGGUGUAA